AUGUCCAAGAGCAUCGAGACUUUCGCCGCUCAGCGCGUGAGCUAUACUACGGACCUCCCUGUCUAUGAGGUCUUGAAACGGCUAGAUGCUGCGGUCAACCGCGACUCGGAGAAGAACAUCGUGCGCUCCAUCCGGUCCGCCCGAACACCCAAAGAGCUCGAGCUGCGGGUGAGAGAAGUAGCGGGGGACGACUUCGGGUUCUUCUUCGAGUUCAACCACAGCAACUGGCUCAAGAUGUACCUCGGAUCGGACGACGUACCCGAGAUGCAUGUAUACACCAUCGGCAACCCAAUCCUCGCCCAGUCCAUGUUGAAACACAGACCAGCAUCCGGCUUGUACGUCCCUCUUCGGUUAAUGGUCAUGGGGCGGUACGCGGACAGCAAUCGGGGCACAGUCGUCGUGUAUGAUCUACCUUCAUCUAUGAUCGCUACCGACGGCGAAGGCGAACUGCGGGACGCUGCCGUCGUGCUUGACCACAAACUCGAGGCAUUGGUACAGGAGGUCACAAGCGCAAUGUGCCGAGUAUGA